GCUUGAGGUUAGGGCGGGACUUCCGGUGCCCUCCUCAGGGCCCUCAGCGGGGCCAGUGCGGCGGUUUCAAUGAAUCAGAGCGCGGGGGCCGGACUGAGGAGGCAACGGAGAAUCGGCCAGCGGGUCCCAAGCUGGUAGAACCGCCCCGGUCCCGGUUCGGGGGCCUCGGAGCCUCCCCGCCCGCUGAGUCCGAUGGCGGAGGCCGCGCCCAGGCGCCCGGCUGAGGAUAUAAACUUUGAGGAUGUGGCCAUUGCCUUUUCUCAGGAGGAGUGGGGGCUCCUUGAUGCGGCUCAGAGACUUCUGUACUGCGAGGAGAUGCUGGAAGUGUUUGCACUUGUAGCCUCCGUGGGUUGUUGCCAUAAAACGGAUGACGAGGAGGCCUGUUCUGAGCAGAGUGUGUCUGUAGAAGGAGAGUCACAGGUCAGGGCAUCUGAGACAGCUCCAGCCGCUGAGAAAACACAUUCCUGUGAGCGUUGUGUCUUGGUCUUGAAAGAUAUUCUGCACCUGACUGAGGGCCAAGCAGCCUGCCUUGAGCAGCGAGCCUUCUUCAGUGACACAUACAUGAGAGGCUUCUGUCUCCCUGCACACGUUCACCAGCAGCAGAGGGAAGCCCGGAGAGAGAAGGCCGGGAAAGGGCUCAGGGCCUCAUUUAGGACCUGGUCCACCUCCGUAUCCAUGGUGCCUUUUCCCUGUAGGGAGUUCAGGGAGGACCUUCCAGCCAUUUCAGGAAGUUGCCAGCAUCAGGCUUCUCCUAACAGUGCAGAGCCACACAGUGGCGGUGAGAGUGGGCAAAGUCAUCACAAGUCAGGUGGAUGUGAAAAAGCCGCCCGCCACAGCCAGAAACUUGUUCGGCGUCAGAGUGUCUGCUCUGGAGAAGGGCUUGGUGACUGUAGCAAAUGUGGAACAGAUGUUAGACAAACGUCAAGCCUCAUUCAACAUAGGAGAGUUCACACUCAAGAAUGGCCUCGUGAGUGUAGUGAUUGUGGGAAGUCCUUCAGCCAAACCUCCGGACUCAUUCAACACCGCAGAAUUCACACUGGAGAAAAGCCCUAUGGGUGUAGUGAUGGUGGGAAGUCCUUUAGCCGAAGGUCUUUACUUAAACACCAGAGAGUCCACCUUGGAGAAAAGCCAUUUGAGUGUAGUUAUUGUGGAAAGUCCUUCAGACACAGAUCUAAACUCAUUGACCACCACAGAGGUCACACUGGUGAAAGGCCUUAUGAGUGUAGUAAGUGUGGGAAAUCUUUUAGGCGCAAAGAUCACCUCCUUAAGCAUGAGAGAUUUCACACCGGAGAAAAGCCUUACAAGUGCAGCGAAUGUGGGAAAACCUUUAGACGAAACUAUAACCUCCGUCAACAUAGGAAAGUUCACACUGGAGAAAAGUUAUAUGAGUGCCGUGACUGUGGGAAGUCUUUCAUCCAGAACUCUAGCCUCACUGAACACCAGAGAUGUCACACUGGAGAAAAGCCAUAUGAGUGCAGUGUGUGUGGGAAAUGCUUUGGACAACGCUGGAGUCUUAUUCAACACCGUCAAGUUCAUUCAGGAAAAAAUCCUUUUGAGUGUAGUGAAUGUGGGAAAUCUUUUAACCGCAAAUCCCAACUUAUCAGACACAAGACUGUUCACACUGGAGAAAAGCCAUAUGCAUGUUGUGUCUGUGGAGAUUCUUUUAGCCUAAGUUCUGCCCUCAUUCAACACCAGAAAGUUCACACUGGAGAAAAGCCAUAUGAGUGUAGUGAUUGUGGAAAGUCCUUCACUUGUAGCUCUAAGCUCAUUGAGCACCACAGAGGUCACACGGGUGAAAGGCCUUACGAGUGCAGGAAAUGUGGGCAAUCUUUUAGGCGCAAAGAUUACCUCCUGAACCAUGAGAGAGUUCACUCUGGAGAAAAGCCUUAUGAAUGCAGUGAAUGUGGGAAAACCUUUGGCAGAAAGUAUAACCUCUUCCAACAUAGGAAAGUUCACACAGGAGAAAAGCCAUAUGGCUGUAGUGACUGCGGGAAGUCAUUCAGCCUAAAAGGUAGCCUCACCGAACACCAGAGGUGUCAUACUGGAGAAAAGCCAUAUGAGUGCAGUGUGUGUGGGAAAUGCUUUAGACAGCGCAGCAGUCUUAGUCAACACCUUCGUGUUCAUUCUGGAAAAAAUCCGUUGAAGUGUAGUGAAUGUGGGAAAUCUUUUAACCUGAAAUCUCAACUUAUUAGACACAAGCGUGUUCACACUUUGGAAAAAUUGUAGGAGUGUAGUGAAUAUGGAAAAUCCUUAAGCCAAAAUUCUGCCCUCAUUCAACAACAGGAGUAUACAGUGGAGAAAAGUCACUACAAAUGAGUGUAGUUAUUGUGGGAAGUCCUUAAACCAAAGAUCUGCACUCACUCAAUAGGUCACACUGGAGAAAAGCUGAAUUAGUGUAGUGAUUGUUGGAAGGCUCUCAGAGCUCUAAACUAAGUGAACCCGGCAGUGGCUACACUGGAGAAAGGCCUUAUGACUGUAGUGAAUCCAAAGUUUUUUAGACAAAGUUCUAGUCUUUUCCAACACUACAGAGUUCACAGUAGAUAAAAGCCUUAUGAGUGAAGUGAAUGGGGGAACCAUUUUGGACAAUUUUUUUUGGUUAAUCCUCACCCAAGGAUAUUUUUUCCAUUGCUUUUCAGAGAGGGUGGAAGGCGAGGAAGGAGGGAGAGAGAGAGAAACAUCAGUGUGAAAGGGAAACAUCGACUGGUUGCCUCCUGCACAUACUCCCACUGGAUUGGUGGUGGGGAUGAAACCCAUGGCUCUUUAAUACGAAGACUGAUGAUCUAAUCACUGAGCAACACUGUAUGAGACUGGACAAUUUUCUAAAUUAUGGUUUUACAAAGGAAGUAGAAAGACACAUUGAUUUAUUAUCCACUUGUUUAUGCAUUCAUUAUAUGACCCCUUUAUGUGCCCAGAUUGAAAUCAAAAUCACAACUUUGGUGUAUCAAAAUAACAUUUUUAUCAACUGAACGAUGCAGUCAGGGCUGGACAAAUCUAAAGAAAAAAAAUAUAUAUGUUAUUGAUUUCAGAGAGGCAGAAACAUCAAUAAUGAGAGAAAAUCAUUGAUUGGCUGUGUUCUGCAUGCCCCACACGGAAUUGAGCCCAUAACCUGGGCAUGUGCCCCGACUUGGAAUCAAACCAUGACCUUCUGGUUCAUAGGUCAACGAUCAACCACUGAGUCCCGCCAGCCAGGCUCCAUUGAUUUUUUCAAAGUGUGUGGAAUGGAGGGGUAGAGACAGAGAAACAUCCAUGUGAGACGCAUACAUCAAUUGGCUGCCUCCGCAUGCGCCCUAACCAGGGCCUGCAACUGAGAUAUGUGCCCUUGACCGGAAAUGAACCUGACACCCUCCAGUCCACGGGCUGGACAAAUCUUUAACCUCAUUUGAUACAGGAAAGCUUACUCUGGAGAAAUGCUUUAUCAGCACAGUGACUGUGAGCAGAUUCUUUAAGACAAAGUUCCAACCUUAUUCAACAGCAGAGAGUUUGUUCUGGAGAAAGGCAUUAUGUAUGGGGUGGAUGAGAGAAAUCCUUUAGCCCUUCCUCUAGCCCGGUGGUUCUCAACCUUCCUAAUGCCGCGACCCUUUAAUACAGUUCCUCGUGUUGUGGUGACCCCCAAUUUCAUUGUUACAAGUUGAACAUAAUUAAAGCAUAGUGAUCAAUCACAAAAACAAUAUGGAAUUAUAUAUGUGUUUUCCAAUGGUCUUAGGCGACCCCUGUGAAGGGUCACUCGACCCCCAAAGGGGUCGCAACCCACAGGUUGAGAACCGCUGGUCUAGGAUUAGCAUCGCUGUUCUGUUAUCUGCACCCGUAGCAAUGCUUUCCUUCCACUGAUGCAGCUGUUCUCCUUCCCUUUCUCCUGAAUGCCCAUUGCCUCUGCCUCCCAAUGGGAACACUAUUUUGGCUUCUGCCUGAAUCAGUGCUUCCCAAGUAGCUAUUAUUGAUCCCAAAUAAAUGCUUGUACCUGGCUUUGAAAGGCCUGACCAGAAUCGAACCCACAACCUUUUGGCAGAGGGGAGGUUGCUCCAACUAACUGAGCCACCAGCCAAGGCCAAAGGGCCACUAGUUUUUGGGUUAACAAGAGGAAGCACUCCAGUUAGUCACUUGCUUCAGAGAGCCCCAACCUCCUGCCUCCUCCUUCCACUCCACAGCCCUGUCCGGAGACAAUUCUCUUACCCCUGACCCAACUGAAUCUCACAAAACUGCCUGAAAGCUCCCCUCUACACAUCGUUAAAAAAACAAGGAAAUCGGCCCUGCCAGAGUGGCUCAGUGGUUGAGCCUCAAUCUAUGAACCAGGAGAUCAAGGUUUGAUUCUGGGUCAGGGCACAGGC